AUGGCCUCCGCACCAUGCUCUACCUCUUCCGCUGCCAGAGUCCUGAGAUCCGCCGCCGCCGUCGCCGGUACCAAGAAGAUGACGUGCCUCUGCUCGCCGACGAACCACCCGGGGUCGUUCCGCUGCAGCCGGCACCGGAACGGGCCGGCCGCUCCAGGCGGCGGCGAGGCGGUGCACGGCGCCGGCAGCAGGGGCGGCACUGGCAGGGCGGCCAGGGGGCGGUCCGUGCGCGCGCUGCUGCUCCAGAGGAUCGGCGGCGGCCCGGGCGAGCUCGGCCGCCGCCGCCGCCGCGGGGUCGGGGACUUCCAGCCGCGCCCCUCCAGGUUGCGCCUCAUGAACCUGUGA